CAGGGAUCUCAGGAUGUGGUCAUGGAAGAUGGGUCGUUCCACAUGGCCGCCACGUCUCUGAACCUGGAAGAGGAUGAUAGGACAUUCACACCAAGUUGCCAAACUGUGCUGUCUUGGAAGGGCAUGGAGGACCACUGAAAGGGAACACAAAGAUCUUUUCUCUGCCUCUGUUCUCAUCAAUUAUUAGCAUCACCACACAUAUCUGUUUGACACACUGGAUGAUGGCCUCUGGGGCCCCUGAGAUCGUCACUGCUCUCUCGGUGGAGUUGGGAAGCAUGUCACCUGCGACCUGGACCUGAGCUCCUGUGGACUGGAGCAGCGCUGAUUUGUCUUCUCUCCUCGCUGAGAUGACAGCCGACCUGCCUGAGCGCUGUCCGCGGUGCUGAAACUCCGGCGACCUUCCACCUGCCGGCGGAUAAAAGGCGAAUUUAUCUGCGUCUCCGCUGACAUUUGGCGCAAAAUUGAGCCCCGCUAGACACAAGCAGAGCCGAGGACAAGUGGCGGAGAGGGUCGAACUACCUGUUAGCUUCUCCGGGCUGAUUAUGCUGCCUCCGCUGCGCGUCUGAUCCACGAAGGGAAAAGACCGACUGAGAUUCAGCAUAUUUGAAUUUGCAGCUGCAUACCUACUGACUUACUUUGUGCAAGUUGGAGAUUAAACGCAAGAUUUCUUGUGGAAAAAGGGGAAGCAGUGCAGGUUUUUUUCCCCCCCUCUCUUUUGAAUUGUGCCUUCGUGAUAAGAAGAAGGAGAAGAGGAGGGUGAAGAAUGAAGGGUGGUGUGGAAACAGUGGUGACCCUGUGGGGGGACUUGCAGUAAAACGCAAGGGAGUGAAAGGGGGGGAAAAGGAGGAGGAGGAGGAGGAAGAGCUGCUGAAGAUCCAGAGGUGUGUCUGUUAGUGUGUGCACGGAGACAGAGAGGGUUAUGACCGCGUCUCCUCACCUGGACCUCGGGCUGCUGCUGCUGCUGCUGGCCUGCUGGCAAACUCCGGCGAUGGUUGGAGGAACUGUGCCAGCCGCCCCAGUGAACGUAUCGGUGACCCAACUGAGGGCGCAUUCGGCCAUGGUGACCUGGAACGUCCCUCAGGGAGACACUGUCAUUGGAUACGCCAUCUCACAGCAGAGACAGGACGGCCUGAUGCAGCGCUCCAUCCGCGAGGUGAACACAUCCAGCCGCUGGUGUGUGCUGUGGGACCUGGACGAGGACACACACUACAGCGUCCAGGUGCAGUCCGUCGGGCCGCAUGGCGACAGUCAGCCCAGCCGUGCCGUCCACUUCAGGACUCUGGAGAGAAGUGACCAUUAUCCUGCCGGAGUCCUGGACCACCAUGAACCAGCUAUGGAAGGUCUGGGCAUGACUCCUCACCUACAGACAGGAGAGCUGCUCAUUAUCACCACUGUGCUGCUGCUGUGGGCAGCCGUCAUCGCCCUGUUCUGCCGACAGUAUGACAUCAUCAAAGACAACGACUCCAACAGCACCAAGGACAAGGCAAAGAGGCAGCUGGUCCGCGCCACUUCCUCCUACUACAACGCUUCCGCCCGCAGCUCACCCAUCUACCACAACGGAGCCGUACGCAGCAGCAGGCUCCACAGAGCCUCCUCGUCCAUCAGCAUCAUUAGAGUUUGAGGGACGUCGGUUUGGGUUUUUUUUUUUUUUUUUUUGAGAACUCAGCAGGAACUUUGCAGCACAGGACGGGAGACGCCGACAUGCCCUGAUUCACCGGAGUGGGAUUAUCAUGAUAAAUGGAGAAUUUAUAGACCUGGCUGAGAGUCUUAAUUUAUUGUAAAAUAUGGGCAAAGUAAGAGGCACGCCAUGCAGAUGUGGAGGAAAUGGAGCACUACUGCUCUCUAGUGGAAGAAGACUAAAACAUCAUGGAAACAGCUGUACACUGGCCUCUUGUGGUGUCAUACCAUUGCAGCUUUUUAGAGCCUGAAUGAGCUGAUGCGAACUCAGAAGAGUCUAGUGCAAGAAGACGCAUUUCGAACUGCAACCAAACGCAUUUCCUGUUUCUCCAAAACAAAAACAAAAAACAACAAAACAAAACAAAAAAAAACCCCACACAUUUUCUCUGAUGUCAAAGACUAAAUUGUGAAUAUUUGCCAGCAUGUCGGCCGACUGUGUGCCACCUCAAAUGAAUUGUCAUUUCAACAGGUCUGUGUUUGACACAUGCAACGAGAUGAGAUGUUGAUAUUUAGCUUUUUAUGAGUACAGAAUCAUGUCACCUUUUAGUUAAACAUGUGAAUGCAAGAGUGUGUGUGUGUGUGUGUGUGUGUGUGUGUGAUUACAUUCAAAGCAUCUAAAAUUAACUCUUUAUUGCAAUUCAAACAUUUGAACUCACCUGUAUGUUUCAUCUUAUAAAUAAUUAGAUGAGUAGUAUUAACUUCUAAAAGAGUGUAUUAUAUGUACAGUAAAUGGGCUAUGUACAUAAAUUAAAGGUAUUAGUAAUUUAAAUGUAA